CCCGCGGGGCUAAGUGGCCGCCGCUGCCAGGCCCGGAAUGAUCUGCGUCAACAACCUCACCUGUCACACAAGCAUCGGUUGUGGAAGACCGUUUUUGUUAAGGUGUUGCAAUUCGAUGAGAGGAAAACAUUCGGAUCCUCGCAGCAGGAGAGAAUCCGGAAAGGGACUCGAAGAAAUCAUGAUAAGAGACCCUGUUUGCUGAAGAGAACCCCCGCACUAACGAGGAUGUGGCAGCCACUGCGAACUGGGAACAAGGUCCUAAUUCAGCCUUAAACCAAGCGGGAACCCCUGGCUGUCCCUGUUUCUUAGGGUUUUUUUUUCUGCAGCAUUGUGACGGGACCUUCCACAUCUUGGGCUGGCAAGUGUGGGAAUGAACAAUACUAUACAUCUGCAUGCAUACGCAUAUGCAGAUGCAAAGAACCUUUCCCGCCUGCUCCCAACAUCCCGUCCCUAUCACGAAGGACCGGUGAAGCUUGAUGGCCUGUGAAUCCAGAUUUGCGAGUGCACACGACCAAGUACUGCCCCCCCAAGCAUCAGUAAAUAUCUCACGAGUUCUUUGGACAUCACUUUCACUUGUGCUUCCCCUAUGACUCUGACAACACCACCAUAAGCCGAGAUGCAAGCACCAUAACAGCCACACACCGAAACAGAGUCUACAGGUCAACUACAAGCCGCAUCAGUUUGAAUCAUAUACAAAAUCUGUCACCAUGACGUCCCCAUCUCAGACAUCCGUCUUCCACCCCGAGCACCACGCUCACCUAAUUCCUUACAUGGCCGCCAUCUACGCCUCAGGCAUCAACAUCGACCGCACCACUGCCAUCGGCCCUUUUUUACCUCCCCUGUCCCUCGAACGCCUCCUGAUCUGGUGGAAAGACCGGAUAGCAGAGCAUCAAGCCCAGACCCGCAUCAUCAUCCUGCUGCUGCCUCCGUCCGAGAAUGCAAACCAGAAGCCAAAGGGCGAGGACCUCCGCGGGAUAGCCAUGGUCGAGCUUGAUCAGUCGCAAGCUGGUGAUUUCCGAGGUGUCAUCGACCUGCUGAUUGUUGGCCAAAAGUUCAGGAGGCAAGGAGGGGGGAGGAGUUUGAUUCAAGCGUGCGAGUAUGAGAGCGCGAGGAAGGGGAGGUCGCUGUUGACGGCGAGAACAGAGACAGAUUCCGCCUCCGAGCUGGCAUUCAAGAGCUGCGGCUACGUCGAGGUGGGCAAAAUUCCAAACUUUAGCAGGACCAGCGUUGAUGCGGCCACGAAGAGGGGGGUUACCCUCUUCUAUAAGGAUAUUUUACUCCAGACCCAGCAAAGCCGAACGACUGCGGGUGCCUAAGAGCCUUGUACGGCGCCAGGGCUCAGGAGUAGGAGUUGAAGGAAGCAAGGUCGGGCUGGUUAGCGGAUCGUCUACGGCUGUUGAGGGAGCUUGGGUUUGAAGGGGCCAGUAAAGACGGUACGAGGUACCACCACGGAGGUCACCCUCCAAAAAACUGUGGGAUUCCAGGUUUUCAGCACGUUUCGUUUCAAGCCAUAAGUUUCAUUUUCUUUUCCAGUGUUCCAUUAUUCGUAAAAGGCAGCGGGUGGUGUCAGAAAGAUAGGCAAUGACUGCAAAGUCCGUUUUCCUUGGUUGUUUUCACACUUUUCAUGGUUUGGCAAGACUGGGCGAGCAAUCUCUUUUGAUAUAUCUAUCGCCACGAGACUCGGGAAUGCACACCCUCAUUUAUCCUGAGAAUGCCCUCUCCAAUCGCGUGAGAGGGUUCGCUGGGCACAACUUAUGUCGAGCCUGCUGAUGCCUAUGAAUGUAUUGCAAUGUCCAGUCUCACACGG